AUGGAGGAAGAUGAUGAUGUGAUCGUCCUCGUGGACCCAGGAAUAGAUAUUGGAGCGCGUUUGUUCGAAGAGACGAAGUUGAAGAAGACAAAGACGAAUCUCGUCGUCGUCGUUCGGAAUCAUCGCGAGGAGGAGGAGGAGAAAAAAACGCGCGACGAAAAUGACAAUCACAGCAGCUCUGAACAAACGACGGGAGGAGGAGCACUCUCGUCGCUGUUUUUUGAUGACGACGAUAAAGACGAGAGCGUUAAGAAGAAGACAAAGACGAAGAGUAAACGAACGCGGUGGGAUUUGGUGACCACAAAAACAACCACCACGAACAAAAAGAAGAAGAUUGAUGAAGAUGAGAAACGAAACGAACGACCAAAGUGCACUUUACGCCUGGAAUAUUGGAUGCGCUCGGAAGAAAUGACGGCGAAGAAAAGAGAGCACGUGGCGAAAUUAGACGAACUUGGAGGGUAUUACGGCGUGGAGGACCACAUAGAGAAGACGGUGUUUGGAAACGACCCGGGGGUGAACGUCGUUCUGGAAGAGAACAUGUUCCCGUACGAUUGUCCUCCGGGCGUCUCGCAUUGGACGCUGUGGAGCAGAGAAGACAUGAAAGGCGAAGAGAUUCAAGAGUGGGUCAGCGAGUACUUGAGGAAACACAGAAAGGACGUCGUGGAGUGGAAUUACGACAUGAACGAUAACUGUUCGGUGGACGUGCCGCAUUAUCACGUGUUUUUACGCGUGGAGGACGAAGAGUACGAGAUGAAGGCGCGAUCGAAACCGGGGGAGAUUUCGUACUCCAGAGAUGAGAGAGCGAUGAAUGAAGGCGCUUCAGAAGGUGGUGGUAGUAAGAGGCAUUAG